CUGACCGGAGCCAAGAAGGGCCUACAGAAGCCCUGUCUGGAAGAGAUCAUACACGCCAGGAACGCCAUCUUCAGUCCAUCCAUGUUUGGCUCGUCCCUGGAGGAGGUGAUGGCUCUCCAGAAGGAGCGCUAUCCAGACAGCCAGCUGCCCUGGGUACAGACCCGCCUCUCUGAAGAGGUUCUGGGUCUCAAUGGAGACCAGACGGAGGGCAUCUUCAGGGUACCCGGGGACAUCGAUGAAGUCAAUGCCCUCAAGCUGCAAGUGGAUCAAUGGAAGAUCCCCACAGGACUGGAAGACCCGCACAUCCCAGCGUCCCUGCUGAAGCUCUGGUACCGGGAGCUGGAGGAGCCGCUGAUUCCCCACGAGUUUUACGAGGAGUGUAUCAAUCACUAUGACAACCCAGAAGCAGCUGUUAACGUGGUGCUGGGCCUGCCACACAUCAACAAACUGGUGCUCUGCUACCUCAUCCGCUUCCUACAGGUAUUUGCCCAGCCCGCCAAUGUGGUCAUCACCAAGAUGGACGUGAACAACCUGGCCAUGGUCAUGGCUCCUAACUGUCUGCGAUGCCAGUCCGACGACCCGAGGGUGAUCUUUGAGAACACCCGCAAGGAGAUGUCCUUCAUCCGGGUGCUGAUCCAGCGACUGGACACCAGCUUCAUGGACGGAAUCCUAUAGCCCCCCCACCACACACACACUCUUUACCCUCAGCUUCACCUACGCUCCCUUUAACCCCCCUUCCCCCCAUGAAAUGCCCCCAUACACUCCCCUCACACAGGAUGGUCACAUACACACAUGUUUACUUUGAACUGAACUGCCUCGUUUUGUUUGUUUGAACCGGCUGUCUUUUCUAUUUCUGUACCCGCUGUCCUUCAAUGACAUUCACAACAAACAAACAAACACCGUAUAGGAUCCAACAAGGUUUCCAUGUGUGAUCAGAGUGCUGUGUGUGCCUUUAACAUGAGUCCAGUGUCCACACAUACAGUCUGAAGUCAUGGUCACACUCAUAGGUCAGCUUCUUUUUGAUCAACAACUUGAAACACAAACUCACAUACAGUACUAACUGCCAAAGUCCACAUACUCCAUGCACGCCACCGUCCGUCAGCACGUUACGCUCGUAUCUCCACAGCACGCACUGCGGCCCGUCUCCGGAGUGAACCAGCAGCACCGCUCACCUCUGAGUCUAUUUCUGACACAAUAGAUCAACCCAGGCAGGAAACAGACACAGGAACGCAUCUGUUGAAUUUCAAAAUAAAACACAAGUUACAGACUCCUGAUCAUGUUUUCCAUCACUUUAUCAACAUGACAUCAAAUCAGAAAGAACAACUAAUCAUCCUCAGAGAGACAAAGACACAUGUUGUUCCCUUUAUUCCCGUGGGAUCUUGUAGUUCUCCUGAGAUCUUGGGAGUUCUCCUGUGAUCUUGUAGUUCUCCUGAGAUCUUGUAGUU